CUCUCUGGUCUGGGGAAACACUUUGCCCUAGGAAUGACCUGAAAUGUGGCGCCCCUUAGGGUCCGUUCACCCGCCCAUUGUUUUCCGACCAAGACUUUUCCCUUUCAUCCUUGUGAUUUUUUUUGGCGGCGCAGGUUGGAGAGCUUCUCGGGGUAGCAUUGCCCCGAGGCAUCACCAGCCGAGGGGAAAGUGUGCCGGAUACCCCUCGACGCGGAGUUGCUCGUAUGCUUUCAAAUAUGCUCCAAUUUCCCUGACAAAAAAGUUUAUCGCUUUCUCUUUUCUUCUUCUUCUUUUGCUUCUCAUCCUCUAAACUUUGUGAUAUUCUUCAUACCCUUUCCGCUAAAGUACUGCCAAUAUGGGCUCUACCGGCCAAUUUCCCCGCAUCAAAGAGAUCCGCACCUUCAUCAUUGAUGGUGUGGGAUCCGGAGGUGAUUACCAUAAUGUUAAAGGAGGUCACUGGUUGAUUGACAGCAACAUCUCCACCCCUAUGACUCGCUGGGCACAAUACCGCGGCUCUCGCACAUCAUGGGGUAUCAACGUCCUAGGCUCUUUCUGCGUCGAGAUCGAAGCUACCGAUGGGACCAAGGGAUUUGCCACGGGAUUCGGUGGACCUCCGGCUUGCUGGCUUGUUCACCAACAUUUUGAGCGCUUUUUGCUCGGUGCAGACCCCAGAGAUACCAAUGACCUGUUCGAGAAGAUGUACCGGGGAUCGAUGUUCUAUGGCAGAAAAGGUCUCCCUGUUGCCGUCAUCUCGGUGAUUGACUUGGCUAUCUGGGAUCUUCUGGGUAAGAUUCGCAACGAACCCGUCUACAAGCUCAUUGGCGGCGCUACUCGUUCGCGUCUGGACUUCUACUGCACUGGACCACAGCCCGCUUCGGCCAAGGCCAUGGGUUUCUCCGGAGCCAAGGUCGCUCUUCCCCAUGGCCCUGACGAGGGUACAGAAGGACUGUUGAAGAACGUCGAGUACCUCCGUAAGCAGCGGGAAUCAGUCGGUCCCAACUUCCCUCUGCGUGUCGACUGCUACAUGUCCCUGAACGUUCCCUACACAAUUGAGCUUGUCAAGCGUUGCGAGGCGGAAGGAAUCAACAUUGACUGGUGGGAGGAAUGCUUGACUCCGGAUGACUUUGACGGUCAUGCACUUCUGAAGAGAGCCCACCCCACUGUCAAAUUCACCACCGGUGAGCACGAGUACUCCCGGUACGGUUUCCGGAAACUCGUUGAGGGCCGCAACUUGGACAUUCUGCAGCCCGACGUCAUGUGGGUUGGUGGUAUGACGGAGUUGCUCAAGGUCUCCGCCCUUGCCAGUGCCUACGACCUCCCAGUCGUUCCUCACGCAUCUGGACCUUACUCCUACCACUUUGUGGUUUCGCAACCCAACACGCCCUUCCAGGAAUACCUCGCCAACUCUGCAGAUGGACACACUGUUGAGCCCGUCUUCGGAAACCUCUUCCUCAACGAGCCCAUCCCUACCAAGGGAUACCUGGACGUUUCGAUCCUGGACAAGCCGGGCUUCGGCCUGGAGCUGAACCCUGCUGCGCCUCUUAUCCCAGCAGCCUCCAUUCUCACUCCUGCGCCUCAGAAGGCUCUUGCUGCCCCAGCUGAGAGCCAGCAGGAAUCUAACGGCACUGCUUAAGCAGGGUUUUUACGACAUCUCUAGAUUACGGCUUCUACAAGAUGCUUGAUGGCAUAUUUUUAACCUGUGACGAGAUUAGCAUUUCCUAUACAUGUAUACAUGAUUUACCUUUGUUUCAAAUUUUUUACAGAACAAUAGAUAGGGGCAAUGGAACAAUCCUCAAC